AUGGGGAGCUAUCAGAGACACAACUGCCGGUUUCAAUAUCUUUUCUUGGCGACUUUUGGCAUGCUUCGUGCAAUUAGCUUUGCAAGCUGGGCUGUAUCUGGCCAGAGCACCAGUCUCAGAAGAAGAACAAUCGGCCUAGCGAGAUUUCCAGCGUUCAUGAUUCCAGCUGCAAUUCCAGCAGCUCCAGCUACCACGGGCUUCUGCUCAACCGGUGGGUGCAGUCCUGACAAGACUACAGAUGCUGAGGAUCAACUGAAAGCACAGCAGCUGAGAAGAGAAGCUGACAGUCGUGCCACUGCUUCUGAUGCCGCUCUACAGGAACUUGCUGAUGCCAUUAUUGAUGAGGGUACCUUCAAGUAUGUUCUUUUGCGUGCUACUGCAGCAAGUGGGCAGCAGAAAUAUUUGGUUCGUGGCACCUCCGGAGCUGCAUACCACCGUGAUGUUGCACUUCCAUAUGUGAAGUCGUACAUGAAGGAUGGCUUUGGGAUAGAAGUCUUAGGUGGCGGACGGAUCUUGCAUGACACCCAAAGGGGGUUCAUCCAGAUCUACGGCUUCUCCUAUGGCUUCCCGUGGGUCGAGGGUGCAGGCCAUGAGAUUUCGGCUGAGGUCUGCCGUCAGUACUUUUCUGGCUACGAGGUGAGCUGGUCUGAUGAAGGCUACUGA